ACAAAACAGAGGUGAUCCACUACAACCAAAUUAAACCAGCAUCUAAGGCUCAGAAGAGUGUGGACAUCACGUGGGAGCACAAACUGGAGUCUGCAGUGGAAUGGAAUGAGCCAUGUCAUAGAAUACAUACCUCUAUAACGAAGGGUUGGAACAGAAACCAGGGUUUGCAACAACUAAUUUGAGAAAGAAAGAAAAAAUCAGUGUGCCUGAAUCCCUGUUACCUUUUAUCUACAUUGGGUUUUAUGAGCACAAUAUUAUUAAUUUGAGGAAUAGUUUGUUUCUUAACUUUAUUCAAGCAUUUAUUCCAUAGAGAUAAAACAUAUUAUAGAAACAUGCAUGGGAUACUUUCAAUAGAUAUUUUUCAUGCCAGUUGAGGGAUUGAUUUGAGACAAUUGCUCUCACAUUUGACUGUGAAAUAUAAUCCAUUCAGGGCAAUGCCAUCAGAUCUCUCAUCUGAUUGUGACUGUCCGAAUUGUUUGGAGGGUGCUGAGAAUGAGUCUGAUUGGAAUUCCUGUUUCAACAAGAGGCAUAAUGGCUCUUUAUAUUCAAGGUCAAGGAAGAAAUCCAUGCCUUCUUCCAGCAUGCAGUGCUCUCCUUCUCAGUGCUGUUCCAUCAGGCCAGAGAUUGAUAACAAAGGUGAUCCAGCAUUUCUUCCCUCAGAGAAGGAAAGGCUCGUGGAGUCUUCUCCAAACAAUCAUCUCAAUCUGAGCCCCGAGGAUACCACAAGGAAAAUCAGAUCAUUGAGAGAGCCGACUAUCCAAGAGUUACUGAGGGAGUUUGGGGAUUUUGGGAAGAUCCAACCAAACUCUAUGUCCCUGGGCUACUUUAGAGAUCAGGUGGUUAUGAAGUUCAGAAGAGCUCUGUAUUAUUCUGGAAUUUGGGUGACACAUGUCCAAGGCUACAAACUUCAAAAGCACUUUUCAGCUAAUUAUUUCAAAAGAAAUCCUGAUUGUCUACAGCGACUGGUUCCCUGGCUGAAACGGGAACUAACGGCUGUUUAUGGAGAUUAUGGCUACACAGUGAAGAAUAUUCUAGCCACCAUCCUCCAUCACAUGAAAGAACAUGAUCUGGACAGUGAGUCCUUCAUUCACCUCCUGGAACCUUAUCUCCUACAACACACCCACCAUUUCCUACAUGAGUUUAUCAGUUUUGUUCAUUCACCUUAUAACAUGGAGACCUAUGAUCAGCGAGCCAUCUAUCAGUGCCCUGCAGUUUCACCAUGGGUAAAAGAGAAGUCCAUUGCAUCAACUCCUGUUUUGCCUUUGCCUAAGGAUCAUGCUCUACUAGUAUCUCAACAAAAUACAAAGCAGUCUAAAGACAUCCAGGGUCACUGGAAUGGAGAGGAGAGGCCUCUAUCAGGCUUGAAACAGUUUUCAAAUGGUAACUCUUCCUUGAAAAAAUCUGAAAUCCCACCAGUCUCUCAUAAAACAGCAAGCAAAAUCCAUGAUUGUGUCAAAGACAAAGCAGAAUCAGGCAACCACACAGGCACAAUUUCUACUAAUAAUAUGUUCCUGAAUUGGGCUAUCCCAAGGGAAAGGAGCCCAGGUUUAUCGAAUGGUAAAAAGAAAGUUCAAGAGAAAAAGACAGAAAGAAUAAAGUCACCUCCUGGUCAUGGCCAUGAUCUGGGAAAGUGUGAAACAAUGCCACGCACCUUCAGUACCCCAGCAAUUUCUGUGCGACCACAGAAGUACAGUCUAAGAGAAACAAGGGUUUCAAGCCUUAGCCAGAAGGUAAAUUUCCAGAAAAAAGAAGAAGAAAAAAAUAAAUACUCAGAAUCUUCACCAAAGAUCUUUCAAAGACUGCCCAGAGAAAGAUCCCUAAGCUGCAAAUCCAGAAACAGGGCCCCUUCUUGCAGUUGCAUUUCAGAAAAUACCCUUUCUCCUACAAGAGAUGGUAGAAAGCUGAGUUCUUCCAGAAAAAGGAGGAUGAAGUGCAGACAAUCCUCCCAAUGUGUAGAAGUUGGUUCACACUUCAGCAGAAGAAUUCAAAGACAACUAAGGCUCAGUACUCACAGAUCCAAAUCUUGGUGUGUUGGACUUAGAAAGAGAUCUGUCAGCAGGGAAUCAAGUACUCACUCUCUGAGAGGAAGUCACAGAAGUGAACACUUCAAUCAGAAUACCUACUGUGAGGCCUUAAAAGAGAAGAAUGUGCAUAGCAAUGAAUCAAAACACAGGAGGGCAUCUUUGUCCACAGUCCAAUAUGUGAAGCUUUCUUCAACUGCUGGGAAGAGACCCAAAUGUCCUUCUAAAGGUACAGGUGCUUCCCAAGUGGGAAGCCACUGCAACAGUCCCACGUUCCCACAGCUAGAGAAACACAAAUUCAUGAGUAAACAGGAGAUAAAGCAAAAAAACACAUUUCCUAGAAAUAGAAGAACCAGAGCAGUGAGGCACAGAAAAAACAAAUGCCAGGAUUCAGAUUCACAAAGUACAGAGGAAGUCAGUGAUGAAUUGAGGGAUCUGGAUGACCUAAGACAAUGAGCAGUCUUUCUGAAUAUGCACCUUCCUGCAGGAGGUAAAUCCAUGAAAAACAGAAUCUGGGUUUUCAGAAAUGUCACUGGGUCAAGAAUGAACAUAAAGCAGACACAGUAUCAUAAAUAUAGGGGUGCAAAUUGUUUUGAAAGGCAAAUCAGUCUACUUAAUUAGCCACCAAGAAUCUUUGAAAGUAUGAAUAUAAUCUAAAAGCAUUACUAAAAAGAUUUAUCAUAUUACUUUGUAAAAUGAAAAUAAAAGCCUGAUUAAAUUCAAAGCUCAACAUCUCAUUGGAGAUAA